AUGGCGACCGAGGUCAUCUUGGAGACCACCAUGGGCACCAUCACCCUCGAGCUCUACACCUCGCACGCCCCCAAGACGUGCACCAACUUCACCACCCUCGUCCGCCGCGGCUACUACGACGCCACCGUCUUCCACCGCAUCAUCCCCAACUUCAUGGCCCAGGGCGGCGACCCCACGGGCACCGGCCGCGGCGGCGCCUCCAUCUACGGCGACAAGUUCGACGACGAAAUCGACCCGGACCUCAAGCACACCGGCGCCGGUGUCCUCAGCAUGGCCAACGCGGGGCCCAACACAAACGGCUCCCAGUUCUUCCUCACCCUCGCCCCGACCCCCUGGCUCGACGGCAAGCACACCAUCUUUGGCAGGGUCAAGAAGGGGCUCGGCACCGUCAAGAGGAUGGGACUCGUGCCCACGGGGCCCGAGGACCGCCCCGUCGAGGACGUCAAGAUUGUGCGCGCGCGUGUGCCCGAGGCCGACGACGGCGAGUAG